AUGACAGAUAAGGAAGGCCAGGAGACGAAGGAUGCUCCGAGCAUCGAACAGUAUACGGCUCUCAAGGAUCAGUUGACUCAACAAAUUCUCAAAAAACAGGAGUUAGACUCGAAGCUCAGUAAGUUGGAAGAUUCGAUCUACGAGAAAGAAAACGAGUACUUCAACGAGAGUGUCUAUGGAAAUAUUGUCAAAGGAUUCCAAAACUUCACCAAAACAAACACGGGUGGUUUGAACAAGAGAAGAAUAACAUAUACCGAUGAUGACCACAUAUUUAGUUUGAGCUCAGUGAACUAUAUUAAGACGAUCAUGAAGCGACAGGGAGUAAACUCAAAUGGUGGACGGAAUGAAGAUUUGGACGACUACGAGGACUCGAUAGAUCCCAAUAAUGGAAAUGCUGGUGGAAAUACACCUGGUUCGACUAACAACCAUUCGGCAUCACAGGCCAACUCCAACUCGAACCAGAGUACGCCAGGAAGAAAACGAAAGAUCAGGACUAUUGACGAUUAA